CGGUGAUCAUAUCCAGCAGCGGCGACGCUCUCUGUGAACGAACGUUCGUCUCGAUUCAACUCUCACCUCACCGAAGCUCUUCAUCUGUCAGUGAAAUAAGAGGAGUGAGCAAAUUAGGAGGACCUGGAUGGAAACUUGUGUUCUCCAUGGUUACGACUCUAUUGGUUGCGGCUCCAAAUUGGCGUUUCGGCUCCAAUUCCCAUACUAUUCUUCUUCUUCUUCGUACCCUUUUUACCUUAACAAAAUCAGGUGCGUCCCCUCCAAAAACCCAACUCCACAGCCUCUUCUAUCCCUAACAACUUCUUGUGCAGUUCCAACGCACAGUCCUACAAAGCAUGCCACUCUAUUACUAGACACUUUUCACCAACACCAUGCCCUCAAAACCUUGCUUUCCCACCUCCACAAAACCGAUUCCUGCCCUUUGCUACUACUUACACACCAUGGAGAUUGGAGCACAGACCAUUUCUGGGUUGUUGUCAAAUUCCUCACACAAGCAUCCAGAUCCCAUCAACUCCUCAAGCUAUUUGAUGCGUGGAAGAACAUUGAGAGAUCACGGAUUAACGAGAGUAACUAUGAGAAGGUAAUAGUUCUAUUGAGUCGAGAUGGUCUUAUGGAUGAUGCUAUGUCAGCAUUUCAAGAUAUGAAGAGCAUUGGCCUUCAACCAUCUUUGGGUAUUUACAAUUCUCUCAUCCAUGGUUUUGCUGCAAAAGGUGAGUUUGAAACUGCUAUGUUUUUCGUCAAUGAGAUGAAAGACAUCAAUAUGACUCGAGAACCAGAUACCUACGAUGGCCUAAUCGAAGCCUAUGGAAAAUAUAGAAUGUACGAUGAGAUGGUCAAGUGUCUGAAACAGAUGGAAUUGGAUGGAUGUUUUCCAGACCAAAUAACUUACAAUUUGCUUAUCAGGGAGUUUUCCAAAGGUGGAUUGCUUAAAAAGAUGGAAGGUUUAUACCAAACUAUGCUUUCAAAAAGAAUGGAUCUGCAGUCAUCUACCUUGGUUGCCAUGUUGGAAGCUUACACCAAAUUUGGCAUCUUGGAUAAAAUGGAAAUGUUCUAUAGAAGGAUCCUGAACUCAAGGACCAAUCUGAAGGAAGAUCUAAUCAGAAAAUUGGCUCUAGUAUGUAUCAAGAACUUCAUGUAUUCAAGAUUGGAGACCUUGGGCGUCGAUGUUUACAUUAAAAUCGGGAAGACCGAUCUUGUUUGGUGCCUGCGUCUUCUAUCGCAUGCUUGUUUAUCAAGCCGAAGGGGUAUGGACUCUGUUGUUCAGGAAAUGGACAAAGCUAAUGAGAUUUGGAAUGUGACAGUUGCAAACAUUAUACUUCUAGCUUAUUUGAAAAUGAAGGAUUUUAAGCGGCUCAGAAUGUCGUUCUCUGAAAUGCGAGAAAGACAUGUCAAACCUGAUAUAGUUACCAUUGGAAUUCUUUUAGAUGCAAAUAACAAAGGAUUGAACGGCACCGGAACUUUAGAGGCAUGGAGAAGGAUGAACUUGCUAUCUAGAGCUGUGGAGAUGAACACCGACUCGCUGGUUCUAGCUGCAUUUGGAAAGGGAAAUUUCCUUAAAAAAUGUGAGGAGACAUACGCUGCUCUGGAGCCCAAGGAUAGGGAAAAUAAAAUAUGGACUUAUGAAGGACUCAUUGAUCUGGUUCUUGAAAAGGGGGAAACUGGAUUGAAAACUAGAUGAACUAGCUUAUUGCAGAUAC